AUGGCGACCAACACAGUUGCACUCGACACCAACAGCACCGACUCACCGGCUCAGUCGCAGUAUCCUCGGGAACCCCUUCAGCUGAAGGGCGUGUUAGACAGUUAUAAAUCGUUCGAUGUGACCCCCGUGAUUGGUCGCGAAUUCAUCCAUGUCAACUUGAAAGACUGGCUUGAAGCACCAAACUCGGACGAGCUGAUUCGCGAUCUUGCCAUCACAAUUUCUCAACGUGGUGUUGUUUUCUUCCGCAAGCAGGAUGAUCUGAACAACGAUCUCCAGAAGCAACUCGCACAACGCCUGGGUGAGCUCUCAGGCAAGCCCGAAUCAUCCAAACUACACAUUCACCCUGUGAACAACGCCGGUCGUCGUCUUGGUAGCAGUGACAACGAAAUCAGCGUUGUCAGCUCUGAACAGGCAAAGGAAAUUUGCAAAAACAAGUUUCUGAACUUUGCAGACCGCACGCAGACCGCCAAGGGAGGAUGGCACAGCGACAUCACGUUCGAGAAAAUCCCCAGUGACUAUGCGCUUCUGAGGCUGACCGAGCUGCCCAAGACUGGUGGAGACACCCUUUGGGCUUCAGGGUAUGAGUUGUACGACCGCCUUUCGCCGCCCUACCAAAAGUUCUUCGAGGGCCUCACUGCCACAUGCGCACAGCCCGGAUUUAAUCUCGCGGCGAAGGAGAAUGGUUUCAAUCUAUACGACAAGCCUCGAGGCUCGCCAGAAAAUGUAGGCAGCGAACUGAUCGCCGAGCAUCCUGUCGUUCGAACAAACCCUGUCACAGGCUGGAAGUCAAUCUUCGCCGUUGGACAACACGUUCAGCAGAUCAACGGGCUGACCAAGGAAGAGAGUCGGACAGCCUUGGACUGGUUCGUGCAGCUGAUCGUAGAGAACCACGACCUGCAAGUCCGCCAUAGGUGGCAGAAUGAGAACGAUCUGGCCAUCUGGGACAACAGAAGUGUGUAUCACACUGCAACCUUUGACUACGAGAGGCAGGGUCCGAGAACCGGACAGCGAGCAGUGAGCUUGGGUGAGAAGCCGUAUCUUGACCCGAACAGUAAAUCUCGUCGCGAGGAUCUUGGCCUCAAUGACGAGGAGACGUCGUAG